GUGCUACAGAAAGGGAAAAUAAGAGGAAGAAACCAUGGCGAACAAAUCUGUGCUUUCCGUUAUGUUUAUUGUCUUUGUGGUCCUUGCCACCGCUGGAUUUGGCCGGAGUAGAUUCAUUAAUUCAGGGACACCUACUUAUUCCGAUCUGGUCUCUGAUGGGAUUGACAAUGUUCGGCAACCAUCCAUUAUUUCACACAACCGGAUCUUCUCAUCGGAAGAUACCUGCGAACAGACGUACGGGUUUUUGCCCUGCACCACCACCGUCGUCGGGAACCUAUUCCUUAUUGUUGUGUAUGGAUUCUUGAUGUUCCAGGCUGCCACGCUCCUUUCCAACGGAAGUGAGCUUCUGCUCGAGAUCCUUGGCCCUGGUAUUAUCGGUGGUCUCUUCCUCCCCAUCCUCGGCGCCCUUCCCGAUGCCAUGCUUAUACUUGUAUCUGGCCUUUCUGGAAGUAGAGAAACUGCUCAAAGUCAGGUCUUGGUUGGAAUGGGCUUGCUAGCUGGGUCAACUGUCAUGCUUCUUACAUUAUUAUGGGGAUCUUGUGUAAUUGUUGGCAAGUGUGACAUUGAGGAUUCAAUCGCAAGAGAUUUGAAAGAUACAAAAGGAUUCAGCUUAACAGGAUCUGGUGUUACUACAGAUAUUUGGACUUGUUAUGCUGCAAUGAUCAUGUCUGUUUCUGUUAUUCCAUUUAUCAUUGUCCAACUACCACAAAUCCUCCACUCAAAUUCUGGAAGACAUUUAGCGGUCUUGAUUGCACUUAUUGUCUCUCUUGCAUUAUUACUCACUUAUUGCCUUUAUCAGAUUUUUCAGCCUUGGAUUCAGAGGAGAAGGCUUGCAUAUGCAAAGCAUAAACAUGUAAUAUCAGGGGUAUUGAAACAUUUGAAAAUGCGUGCACUAGGAAGGCUCCUGACAGAUGAUGGUGAACCUAACACAGAUGUUAUAAGAAAGCUAUUCAAGACAAUUGAUCUGGAUUCAGAUCAAUGUUUAUCAGCUUCUGAGCUAAGAGCAUUGCUCAUAGGUAUCCAGUUUGAUGAGAUAGACUUGGACAAGGAUGAUGCUGCUGAAAAACUAUUGAGUGAUUUUGAUACAUCUCAUGAUCGUCAUGUUGAUGAGGAUGAGUUCGUGAAAGGAAUCUCAAGAUGGAUUAAUGUAGCCAAGGGUAAUGUGGUUUCAUCUGGCGAUGCAGGUCCUCACACAAUAAAGUUCAUAAAUGAUUUUCAUCUGCAAACCAAGAAGGAGCAUUAUCUGCUGGGAGAUAUGAGUGAUGAGACUGUAGAGGGCGUUGAGAAUCCCAAGCGGACUUCUAUUAAAGCAGUAUUAAUGUUGAUGCUGGGAACUGUUAUUGCUGCUGCAUUUGCAGACCCUCUUGUUGAUGCUGUCGACAACUUCUCCAGUGCUACAAGUAUACCUUCAUUCUUCAUCUCUUUCAUAGCUCUGCCCUUGGCUACCAACUCAAGUGAGGCAGUGUCAGCACUUAUUUUCGCUAGUCGAAAGAAGCAGAGAACUGCUUCUUUAACCUUCUCUGAGAUAUAUGGUGCAGUGACCAUGAACAAUAUCCUUUGCCUGGCUGUCUUCUUAGCCAUUGUUUAUGUGAGGCACUUGACAUGGGACUUCUCCUCUGAGGUGCUGGUCAUUCUUAUUGUUUGUCUGGUGAUGGGUGUCUUUGCUAGUUUUCGCACUACCUUCCCUCUAUGGACAUGCUCAGUGGCCUAUGUGCUUUACCCCUUCUCCCUGGCAAUGGUUUAUGUCCUUGACUAUGUUUUUGGUUGGUCAUAGACAGAUGAGGUCAUGAAAUAGUGAAGAAGGACAGUUGCAAAUCACCUCCUUAUGGUACAUCGGAUAAUUGAAAGCAUCGAACUUCUCUUUAUGCUUUUUAGUUUCUCCUUGGGAUGUUGCAUGUUUUUUUUCUUCUGUUAUCUUUGUAACCUCAUGGAGGAAAUGUCUCUAAUCAAUGAACUGAAAACCUAUAUUGAUUCCCUAUGAUUUGCAUUUUGCUUAGAUCUUGAAAACAGCGGCAUUUUUGUUA